GCCAGGCCAGCACGAACCAUGUCCGCCCUCAUACGACCCCUGCAGUCCCUCAGACCUGCAUCCCGCCACCUCGCACGAUGCGCCUCCACCUCCGUCUCGGCGCCCUCCCCCGAGUCCUCCACCCCUCCCCCUGCCGACCCUCAGUCGUCGACAUCUGCCCUCCCUCGACCCGCCUUCUCCGUCCCAUACACCCCUGUGCCACGUCUGCCCAACUUCCCCAACACCCACAACUCCCCUACGCACAAGCAUUACAACCACCCCACACCGCUCUUCACCCCAUUACCGGCAGACCAAAUGCCCGAGGGCUUAGGUGAACAGGGACCGCAGGUGUUGGAGAACAAGUUGGCGGCUAUCACGGGGCUCAGCAGAGCAGAGAUCAGAGGGCUUUGCAAAUUUACUGUGCGAUCCAAGAAAGUGCAGCACAUGACAAAAAAGGGAAAGAUGGCGAGCCAGCAAGCAUAUGUCGUCGUUGGAUCACCAGAACGAGGUCUUGUUGGUCUUGGACGAGGUCGAGGACACUCUGGUGCUACUGCACAGGACGACGCGUUCCAGAAAGCUGUAUUGAGUAUGGACUAUGUCAACAAAUACGAGUCCAGAACGCUCUGGGGUGAAGGCAAAGAUCUCGUGGGCAAAUGGGGAGCUGCCAAAGUGCACUUGCGUGCGCGACCUCCCGGUAUGUGUCUAAAGGCUAAUGCAGUCCCCACGCUCAUAAUGUCUCAGGAUUCGGUCUCAUGGUACCUCCCAUGAUCCAUCGUGUCUUUACCGCAUGCGGUAUCAAGGAUGCCAGUGCAAUGAUUGUUGGGUCCCGAAAUCGUCCAGAUGUUCUCAAGGCCACCAUCCAGGUUUUACACGGUGGCGGGAACCCUUCCGGGUUUGGAACAGGUCUCUUUGGAAAGAAGGGGCCUAGAGAGAACAAGGGCAGGGGGAUGAGAAGCAAGGAUGAGAUUGAAAGGGAGCGUGGGAGAUAUGGUGUGGAUGUUGGGAGGAGGGUUUGAGCAUACUUCAUUUGCAUCAUAUCAUGACUUUAUGAUAUACUUCACGGACGUUUGUCUCGAGCUAGCGUUGCAGUUGAAAUGCUGCAUAUUCUUUCGGCGAUGAGGGUCUUGGCCCUGUGUUGAAUGAGAACGAACGUAAAAUCAAGACCAGCAUAAGAUCACGUACUAUGUAGUCGGGCUCUUGCAAUCAGUAGUGCCUCUCUUCAUCGUACUCUCUGACGGAGCGAGUUGAGGAUUGGGCCAACCAUUGACAAGUGAAACCGAAAAAAAAGGGGAUAGGCAAUGCUUUCAAGCACCAGCGGUGGGCCGUUAUCAAAGAGCCCACGUCU